AUGGCAGAACCCGGCACGGCGUCGCCUGAGCAGGCCGGGUCGUCGCGGGCGAAGCGACCAGCGCCCAUGACGCGGCAGAGCAGCAGCCAGUCGCACAUUUCGCAGAGCCCAUCGGAGAAAGGGCACCACCGGCCGCAGCAGCACAAGGUCGUGCAUCGCCACGUCGCAGGCGGACGCAUGCAGCGAACGGCGUCGACGGGCAAGAAUCUGGGCAAGGCGGGCAAAGCCACGCAGCACACGCACACGCAGGCGCAGGCACAGGGCCAGGCGGCCGACGAGGGCGGGCGACACCACCGCCGCUCGCAGUCGGGCACGUCGCUGUCGGUGCCCAGCAGCCCACGGCCGGGCUUCAAGCGCAAUGCCUCGUCGGGCGCCAUCAUGCGGCACAACCCAAGCGCCCACGCCCACGCCGGCCUGCGCAAGAACCACAGCAGCGGCCACCUGGUCGGCAAGGCCAAGGGCGGCAAGUCAUCCAAGGACCUCGCCCCGGCCAAGGGCAAGCUGGGCAAUCCGUCGCGGUCGCGCCAGGUGUCGCCCGAGGAGCGGCCCAUUGUGCACUUUGACGUCGGCAACGACGACGACGACGGCGACGACGACGACGAGGAGGGUGGCUGGACCGAGGAGAGCGCCAGCCAGUCGCCCAACACGACGCGCUCCAACACGCGCUCGAGCUCUGUGGCCGCAGAGGCCCAGCGCGUCGUCGACGAUGCGACCGAGAGCAAUACGCGCGCCAACGCCGGCGACGCACUCGCAGAGCAGACCGACGCACCCACGCCCGCACCCGCAGGCGCAAACGCUACCUAUACGCUGCCUGAGCGCGUCCGCCCGCCCACGCAGACACCCAGGGCCGCCUCGUCGCACCACUCGCGCCAGCCCGACGCCGACCUCAUCACCUCGCGCCUCCUCCAGCGCAGCGCCUCGCACACGGUCGUCGCCCCGCAGCCGUCGUCGGUCUCGGCGACGGUCCAGCACGGCGGCCACCAGCACAGCGGCCACCAGCUCGGCACCUCGGUCGGCAGCGCCUCGGUCGGCAGCACGCUCGUCGACACGCCCGGCCGCGACCUCGUCUCGCGGUUCAUGGACGGCGACGGCAGCGCCGGCACGCCCUACGACGGCAGCUACAUGGCCGGCCGCCGUGCCUCGCGGACCGACGGCGGGCCGACCAAGUCGCCGCCCAACGUCGCCGAGCACGACGAGGCCGCCGACACGCCGACGCGCCCGCACUCGCUCCGCUCCGGCGCCACCACCCCGAACCUCUUUCCCUCGGCCCCGAACCGCACCCAGAACAAGCUCCUCCUCCAGCGCGCCGCCAGCGCCAUCGAGCCCCACGCGCCCGUCCCCGCCAUCCUGCGCUCCGCCGGCCCCUCGUUCCACAACAUCGGCCUGUCGUACCCCGGCGAGGGCCGCCUCGAUCCGCGCCUACAGCAGCAAUUCAACCACGUCGCCAUCGAGUACAGCGUCGUGCAGCGGUAUAGAAACCCGCUCGCUGACAGCAUCCUCCGCCUCCAGCAGAUACCGGGCAUGCUGCGCAAGCUGCGGGCCAGCAAGCCGGGCAGCGCGCACGGUGGCAGCGCGCUGGGCACUACGACGCUGAGCAGCAGCAUCCAUGAGAACGGGGACAUGGACGGCGCGGGGUCGCGGCGCAGCAGGGCGGGCUCCGCGGGCGGUGCCGACGAGACGCCGCGUAACGAGGCACAGGAGCUGUGUCGCAGCAUGUGGGACAGUGCGCAGAUUACGCGCGGCGACUGA